AUGGAGCAGGAGGAUUUUUCACGAAAUUCAGACAUUUCAUCAAUGAUUAAUCAGGCAAAAGUUCUGGAACCGCUGGGUGCAAUUACUACAGGAAGUCAAUUUUUGGAGCCAGAUGGCAUGUUUCCAAAUCAUAUCCCUAAUCCAGAAGAUAAGACAGCAAUGAAAGCUAUAACACAGGCAGUUCUAGAUAACAAAGCUGAUCUUGGAAUUAUCUUUGAUACUGAUGUUGACAGAUCUGCUGCUGUGGACUCCUUUGGCCGGGAAAUCAACCGGAAUCGCUUGAUUGCUUUAAUGUCAGCUAUUGUUCUGGAGGAACAUCCUGGAACAACAAUUGUCACAGACAGUGUGACUUCUGAUGGCCUCACCUCAUUUAUUGAGAAGAAACUUGGUGGGAAACACCAUCGGUUCAAGAGGGGCUACAAAAAUGUGAUUGAUGAAGCUAUUCGACUGAAUUCGGUUGGUGAGGAGUCACAUCUGGCAAUUGAAACCAGUGGACAUGGAGCUCUCAAGGAGAAUCACUGGCUUGAUGACGGUGCAUACCUAAUGGUCAAGAUCUUAAACAAACUUGCCUCAGCAAGAGCUUCAGGAAGGGGUGGAGGAAGCAAGGUUUUGACUGAUUUAAUAGAAGGACUCCAGGAACCAGCUUUCGCUGUGGAACUGAGACUAAAGAUCAACCAAAAUCAUCCAGAUCUGAAGGGAGGAUCUUUUCGGGAUUAUGGAGAAGCUGUGCUGAAGCACUUGAAAACUCAAUUCACGAACGCAGAUCCAAAGCUACAAAAGGCACCCGUAAACUAUGAAGGGGUCCGAGUUUCCGGCUAUGGUGGAUGGUUCCUUCUCAGACUCUCCCUCCAUGAUCCUGUCCUUCCCCUUAAUAUUGAGGCACCAAGCCAUGAUGAUGCUGUAAAGCUUGGACUUGCUGUGGCUGCAGCUGUAAAGGAGUUUGCAGGCUUAGACACAUCUGCUCUGGACAAAUUUGCAGGAAUAUCAUAGUUUUGGCGCUUCAAUUCUUGCUAGACUUGUAAGUUUGGUGCUGGAAAUGUUUUUGCUUCUUGUAUACCUUCAUCGGCUGCAUUAUAUAUACUCAACAGGGGAUCUUUGGUCCUCAUAUCAGCUUGAACUGUGAGUGAAUGAGAAGGUAGAGAGAGCAUUUGGAGGAAUCUCAUCUUGACACUGAUGCAAUGUUUAGUUGGUGGAAAAUUGUUUUCUAGGAAGAAAAUGAGAAAUUUAUCUAUCCCAGAUAUUUCUCUCAUUUAUUUUAUAAAAAGCACUUUUCCAGUUACCAGACAUGCUAUUAGGGUUAUCCAGCGUACGCACAGUGGUCCAAACCUAAUAGUAAUCUUAGAGGUGGAUGAUGGAAUUUUACUGAAUUCAGUUUUUAUUUCAUUUUGUAUGGCCACCAUGGUGCCCUCUUUUUUGCCCCUCCUUUGUUGUAGUUUGGAAUGUUCUCGGAUUUGUUUAACAUGAAUUUUAGAACAUUUAAAAGUUAAGUUGUUCGGUGGGAUAUUAUUUAAUCUAAUGAAAUGAAUUGUGCUCGUUUUGCUAAAAA